AUGUCAGAAAACAGGAAGCCGCUGAUGGGCUUGGUGGGCAAACUCCCCAGUGGGACUGCACUUGGGAACUCAGGCAAGACUCACUGCCCUUUGUGCAUGGGGCUUUUCAAAGCCCCCAGGCUCUUGCCUUGUUUGCACACAGUUUGCACCACGUGUCUGGAGCAGCUGGAACCCUACUCGGUAGUGGACAUCCGAGGGGGCGACUCUGACACAAGCUCUGAGGGGUCAAUAUUCCAGGAACUCAAGCCACCCAGUCUGCAGCCCCAGAUCGGCAUCCUCUGUCCGGUAUGUGACACUCAGGUGGACCUGCCCAUGGGUGGAGUGAAGGCUUUAACCAUAGACCACCUGGCCAUGAAUGACGUGAUGCUGGAGAGUCUUCGUGGGGAAGGCCAGGGCCUGGUGUGUGACCUGUGCAGCGACAGGGAAGUGGAGAAGAGAUGCCAGACCUGCAGAGCCAACCUCUGCCACUUCUGCUGCCAGGCUCAUAGGCGGCAGAAGAAAACAACUUACCACACAGUGGUGGACCUAAAAGACUUGAAAGGCUACAGCAGGAUCGGGAAGCCCAUUCUGUGUCCCGUGCACCCUGCAGAGGAGCUGAGACUGUUCUGUGAGCUCUGUGACCGGCCCGUGUGCCGGGACUGCGUGGUGGGCGAGCACCGGGAGCACCCCUACGACUUCGCCAGCAACGUUAUCCACAAGCACGGGGACUCCGUGCGGGAGCUUCUCAGAGGCACCCAGCCCCACGUGGAGGCCCUGGAGGAAGCCCUGGCACAGAUCACAGAGAUGAACAGUGCCCUCCAGAAGCGAGUGGAGGCUGUGGCGGCUGAUGUGCGAACGUUCUCCGAGGGUUACGUCAAGGCCAUAGAGGAGCACCGGGACAGGCUGCUGAAGCAGCUGGAAGACAUCCGGGUCCAGAAGGAAAACUCCCUGCAGCUGCAGAAGGCACAGCUUGAGCAGCUGCUGGCGGACAUGCGGACGGGCGUGGAGUUCACUGAGCACCUGCUGACCAGUGGCUCGGACUUGGAGAUCCUCAUCACCAAGGGGGUGGUAGUGGAACGGCUCACGAAGCUGAACAAAGUCGAAUAUAGUGCCCAUCCUGGAGUAAACGAUAAGAUACGCUUCUCUCCUCAGCAGAGAGCAGGCCGAUGCCGUGGCUAUGAAGUUUAUGGGACCAUCAAUACGAAAGAGGUCGAUCCAGCUAAAUGUGUCCUUCAAGGAGAAGAUCUUCACAGAGCCCGGGAGAAACAGACAGCCUCUUUCACCCUGCUUUGUAAGGAUGCAGCAGGAGAGAGCAUGGGCAGGGGAGGAGACAGCGUGCACGUCGCUGUAGUCCCCAAAGAUAAGAAAGACAGUCCGGUCAGAACGCUGGUACAAGAUAACAAGGACGGGACGUACUAUGUCUCCUAUACUCCCAAGGAGCCUGGCGUCUAUACCGUGUUGGUCCGCGUCAAAGAGCAGCAUGUGCAGGGCUCACCAUUCACUGUGACCGUGAGGAAAAGGCAUCGCUCACACACAGGCGUGUUUCACUGCUGCACGUUCUGCUCCAGCGGAGGCCAGAAAACCGCUCGCUGUGCCUGUGGAGGCACCAUGCCAGGUGGGUACCUGGGCUGUGGCCACGGACAUAAAGGUCACCCAGGCCGCCCGCACUGGUCAUGCUGCGGGAAGUUUGCUGAGAAGUCGGAAUGCACAUGGACAGGUGGGGAGAGUGCACCAAGGAGUCUACUCAGGACCGUAGCCCUCUGA